AUGAAAAUCAUUCUAAAGUGCUGCUUGGGUCAACCUGAUGCUACUGAAAGUAGUUCCGAUACCCAGCAUCUGACAGCACGAGCCAUCACCUCAACAAGGGACCCUAGUAUUAGGCGUAGGAGUACGCCCGCUUCAGGUCUGACACAAGCUUGCGCAGUGGCAUGCGCAAGCUUGCCGAUAACGUCAUGCGAACAAUGGCCUCAACGGAUUUUGAGCGCGCUGUUAAAUUUGGAGGCAUCGCUCCGUUGCUCAGCCCGGCUAGUCGUUUACAGCUCAGAGGGUUUGCCUUGGAUCUUCGCGCCAAUCGACUGGCUCGCCGAGGAGUCAGACCGACUAACUCUUACGCAUCUUGCCGACGUGCUCGCGCAUCAGGCGGACGACGCUGUUGCCGUUGUAAGGCACUCCAGGGAUCCCACCCACAGCAUAUGCCAGGUAAUAUCAUGGUCUCCGGGCCAGGCGCUUGUCCUGGAGCCCGCCGACCAUCUUGCGCUGCCCAUCUGCCAGCCCGGAACGCACACCAGAGCGGCGCUGCUACUGAGCUGGGAUCGGCCAGCUGAAAGGCCUCCCUGGAGUGGGGAGAAGCACGGCAACACUGCAUUCUCGGCGUCGGAUCUUAAGGAACUUCGACGCCUUGCGCAAUUCCUGGGAUAUGGACUGCUGGGGGAUCCUCAGCACGCCAGAUACAUGCAGCUCAACGAUAGCUUGUUGUGGACUUGUGGUUGGUUGGGUGGUGACCAGUUUCCUAAUUUGUCGCUUUCAGCAGCCUUCGUUGUUUUUCGAAGCCGUUGCGAAGACCGGUAUUCCCCGGAUCCACGACCAUAUAGCGAACGUGGCAUGAAGGCCUCCUCGAAUGCGUACAUCAUGCUUGCCACUUCCGCGUCGCCAGCACCAGCGCCAGGCCUGCACGACCUCAUCUUGACGCUGCUGGACGGCAUCCACGACCUGCUGCUCACCAAGUUUGGGAUCCAGUUCCAGCCCAUGGCGGCCCUGCUCCAAGCCUACGGGUCGACCCCCGGUGGGCCCUCACCUCGAACGAACGGCGGUGCGGGGGCAGGGGCGCUGGACACCACGCAAAGCAUCGGCACUCAGCUGACUGGCAGCGGCGGCUGCACGCGACAGGAUCCCUCGCGUGUUCGUGCCAUCAAGACCUCUCUAGCUCACACACUACUGCUACAAGCUUCCAAGUACGGCCACUCUGGUGGUGGAUGGGUAAUUGGUCGCGACGGUGGUGUUCUGCAGGCGGAGGCUAUUUGCGGGUGGUGGUUGUCAACCUGUACUUCACCGUCGCCAAUGCGUGAGGCAGCUGCCACACGGGAUGCAUCCUGCCGUUUCAGCCAGCGAGCGAGCACCAAUGAUGGCGGAUGCUCGCGGGCGGAUCUUGCCAAGUCGAACAUCAGCGGAACCUCGAAUGCCCGAGGCUGCUUCGCCGCCGCCGCCGCCGCCGCCUCCAUGCGAUCCCCAAGCCGUACGGCCUUCAUUGCGUCGGUCAUCGUCCCGAACGCCAGCUCGCACGUGCUCGAGGACCAGCAGCCCUGCCGGGAUGUACUCGUGUGCAGCAAGCUGGCAGGCGGGAAGGUCGGCUCGAUUCUGCUCAUGGCGGAAGCUGCUGCAGGACCAACAACACCGCUGGAGCCGCACCAGCAGCUACCUAUGAUGCAGCAGUCGCCUCUUAGUGCAACAAACCCUAAGUGCAAUAGCGGCGGUGCCGCUGCGACGGUGGUGGGGCCGCAGACGCCGCCGGAAGCAGCGGCAGGUGAUGCAGACGCAAUGGUAAGCACAGCUCGCAGUAGCGGUGGUACCGGAGGGCGCAGCGGCUCGGUUUUGGCGGCCACGGCGCCAUGGGCGGCUACGGCUGCUGCCGAUGCACGGCAUGUGCCGUACCAGCUGGCGCUGUACCUAAUCUCGAGCGAGUUGCUGCCGGCAGGAGUAUUGAAAAUGAUCGCGGAUGAGCUUCAAGCGCUGCUACCGGGUUUGGAUGAAGGGCUACCCCCUCUAAAAUGGAAGGAAACGCUGCCGCACCCUGAUGGUGAAGGCUCCAUUGCAAGGGUCCCUAGGCCCCCUAAGAGCCUACCAGCGGAGCUUCCUUUUGCCGUUUACUAUAGCCGCACGCUUCCCAUGGAGAUGUUCUUCGGGACCUGGCGAACGGCACUGUCGAGCUUCGAAACCAGCAGCCUAAGUUGCAUGGCGGCGGACUGGCGGCGCCUUCAGGAGCAGCUGCUGGGCCAGCCCUUGGGAGUGGGUGACGGCACUUCCAUCGGCACUUGUGGCAUCGCUGGAAUGACCCGCGCUUCAGUCGCGGGCGGCUGCGGUAACACUGCCGCCGCCGCUGCUGCAGCGGCGGCGCAGCUGCCGCCGGCUCUGCCGAACCCAAUACUCGAGUCCGCCAGCAACAGCCCUCUAUCUCCCGUCGCCGCAGCGCGAUCAGCUGCCUCGACCCGGCUGUUCAAAUGCAGUGUUCCAACGUCACCAGUGCCGGCGCCAGUACCGGCCAAUAACGCUGCCAGCACGCCGCCGGCGUAUUGCAGCGGCGGUGGCGGCCUACUGCCGUCAGCUGCGUGGGCGGCGUCCCGGGACCCUCUGAGCCGCGAUGCCGCCGUAAGCAGUCAGGGCGGCGGGUCGAUCAGAAAAGGCUUUCUGGCUCUGCUGACGGCGCGGGAUGACUUGCAGUACGCCCAGUCGAUGCCCGGAUCGGCGGCGGCGGGGAGGAGGGACGGCUCCUCCCAUGGCGACAGUGGCGUGCGGAGCUUGGGAGCGGUAUCCGGAAGACCGCCGUGUAGUCCCACCACCGACGGCCCUGCUCUGAUGGCGAUGGCGGCAGCUUCUGGCACCCGUACAGGCUCCGCCACGUUGCCGCUGCCCCAGGUGGGCAGCGGUGCCGCUGCCGCCUUACUGCACCUGGACUGGGCGCCCCGGGUGACGCUGGAGAAGCCCGCGGGGGCCGCCGCACUGGACAUGCUCAUCACCAGCAUGCGGCAGGGACUCACCGCUGCGGGUGCGGACGAGCAGGGCGAGCAAGCCCUUCGAGCCCAGGACCUGGCCGCGGUGCAGCUUCUGGAGGUGCUGGGACGAGGAGGCCAGGGUGUGGUCUUCCGGGGCAGUCUACACGGACUGGAGACGGCGGUCAAGGUGCUCACGGACCCAAGCUGCAGCGGGGAGGCGCGCGGGGCAGCGGCUGCGGCGGCUUCAGCUGCGGCGGCGCAGCCGGGGGCACCAGCGGCGGAUGGCGAGGCUGCCGGCGCCCGCAGCGGCAACGACACUUGGAAUGUGGACACCAAGGCUGGGGAGGCACGCAUGCGCCAGGCCAAGCGAGGUGCCAUGGAGGUGGCUGUCAUAGGCACCCUGUCCCACCCCUCCAUCGUCCAGGUCUAUGCGACAUUUUCCGGCGUGGUGGUGGUCCGGUGCCAGUACCACGACUCCCCCCACACGGAGAUGCGGCUGUGCUAUCCGGGUGAUGACCUCCUGGCAGGGAAGGAUCCAGGUCCCCUGAACCAAGUCAUCUGUCUGGAGUACUGUGAUGCCGGCACGUUGCUGACAGCUGCCCGAGCUGGCGCCUUCCGGCUGCCAUUCGCCCUGCCGUCCAACGGGGCAGCAUUCCCAGCACUUGUUCCCCUGUACAAGAGCCUUCUGGAGCUCCCGAAUUCAAAUCUCCAUGAGCAUUUGCCAUCGCAGGUUUCCCUAGCACUUCGCUACCUUCACGCCCGUAAGUUGGUGCAUUGCGAUCUGAAGGCGGCGAACGUCCUGCUCAAGAGCAGCAACAGGGACCUCCGGGGCUGGACCUGCAAGCUGUCGGACUUUGGGUGCGCCCGGAUGCUGACGGAGACAGACCCUAAGGGCGGGGCCGACGGAGGGGGUCCCGUGGGGUUUCGUACGGCAGCUCCCGUCGGCACGCUGGCGCAUAUGGCUCCAGACAGCCUGCUUACGACGUCUGUUGACGUGUACAGCUUUGGCGUACUCAUGUGGGAGUUGUUGAUGUGCACUACGCCGUACGCAGGGAUGAGCGCAAAGGAUAUUCCUCGCCAAGUCAUACGACACCACCUUCGCCCCACCUUUCAUCCGCUAGCGCCGCCCGAUUACUGCGCCCUCGCCGUGCGCUGCUGGUCAGCAAAACCCGAGCGUCGUCCGACAGCCAUGGAGCUGGUGGGCGAGCUCGAGCACUUGCUGGCAGCAGCUCAGGCCUCCGCAGAGCGGGAGGCGCAAGUCGCCGCGGCCGCGGCUUCAGCGCGGAGUGGGACGUCGCGCGCUGCCGUCGGCGGCGCCUUUGACGGCUCACGACGGAAACCGCUGCCCGAUCUCGACGGUGGCAAGGUGCUGCUGCAAGCACCACAACGACCGCAAACACCGCGUAAUCUACAACAACGGCAGCUUCCCGCACCGGCGCCCACACCGGCGCUCGCGCUCGCACCUGCACCGGAUUCUGCUGUUGAUGCUGCUGCAUCGCAGGAAGGUCUUGCUGCGGCGGCCAACAUUCAGACAGCCGCCCGUCGACUGCUGUUGCAGCCUCGUGAACAGCAGCUGCAGCAACAAAUGCGAACCCCACCGCCGCCGCCGCCACAUCACCCGCAGGGUCAGCUGCAGAAGCAGCAGCAGGCCACAGCCGCGCCAACCCACCCAGGACGACCGAGUGUCGGGGACACACAGCUGCAGCAGCAGCGGGGCGGCCAAUGUCAGGGAUCCCAGGGGAAGGAAGUGGGGUCUGAAGUGCAUGGCGCUUGCGGCCUGGGCAGUUUGCAAAAAGCGGGAGAUUCGGUCUCCCGUACACCUACACAAGGCCCGCAGGCAGACGUGCUACCUGAAGGAAAAGCAUGCCCUGGACUGAUGAAUGAUGGUGUGGGCCUGCUAGCAAUGACGUGCCCCUUGCCCUUGCCCUACGAUGUUUUUUUGGACGGCGCUCAUACGGCAUGCAACGUGUACGUGUGGCCUGAUAACAGGUUUGGUUACUUGUCGCUGCGGCAGCGAAUUACUGGUGCAGGUUGAUGAUAUUUCUUAUUCCUUAUUAUUCGUUUUGCCGACAAGAGAAUUUUUGGUGUGCAAGAGUAGAUGUGCGCUAACAGGCUUUCCCCCUCUGCGAGCUGAGGCGAGGUGCUGAUGAUAAGUUACAUGCUAUAUUAGCGAUGAGAGCAUGGACUUGAAGACUUGGCGUUUUCACACGCAAC